AUGUGGUUCACUCAGCCAUGUGGCUACAAGAUUUGUGAUUCUUGCCGCAAGGAAAUUCAACUAUCUGCUAAGGAGCAGUUGCCUAAGAAGAGGGAGUUGGAAUCUAGUUCUGAUGAUGAAUCUGAACAAAUAGAUCCUUUAUGUACCCCAGAAAAAGAUGAAGCUUUUAAUGCUUUGAACAAAAGUUUGAUAGCAUUAAAUGAGUCACCUCUUCAGAAAAAACGGUUAGAUCCUGAACAAGAUGAUAUUCCUAUGUCCCCUGACCGUGAAAUUAUUAACCAGUUGAAAGAAAAAUAUAAAAGUACAGAUGAUAAGAGCAUCAGAAUGCAAAUAUUAACAACAAUGCCAAAAAGUUGGACUUUGAAAGAUUACCAAGAUGAAUUUGAUGUAACAGAUUACACUGCAAGAAAGGCUAAAAAUCUGGUUAAAGAAAAAGGUGUUAUGUCAUGCCCUGAUCCUAAACCUGGUAAAACUUUAGAUUAUGAAACAGCAAAAAAAGUAACUGAUCUGUAUGAGAGUGAGGAAAUAAGUCGAAUGAUGCCGGGAAAAAAAGAUUUCAUCUCUCUUAAGAUAUCAAAUAAGAAAGUUAGGCAUUCUAAUGAAGGUUCUGAAACAGAAGCCUCAAAAGUGAAAGAUAAUGUUUCUAAUGAAGAUUCUGAAACAGAUGUCAUCCUAUCUAAUCAUUAUGAGUACACAAAUCUUACCAAUUUACAUGAAUCAGAAGAGAAAGAGUCAUUUAAUAUCUAUGGAAUUGUGGACAAAUGCGAUUUGAAAGUUACCCAUGGUAAAAAAUCCCAAAUUUUAGACCUUUGUUUAACUGAUGAAACUGAAGUAGGCUUUACUUGUUCUGUGUUCGCUGCCAAAGAUGAAAAUUUUCCUGAUGUUUAUCCGGGUGAUAUCAUUCGGGUUCAUCGUAUGCAAGUCUACAAAUUCCGAGGAAAAUUGAAAGGGAAAUGUUUAUCUUCCAAGUUUAUUUUAGUAUUUAGUAAAAGCAAUAAUGGUACUAAACCAAAAACUGUUGCAAAAUCAUUUACAUUUACACCUCACGAUGAAGAAAGGGUCAAAGAAUUGUUUGAAUGGAAUCAAAAGCAAAGCGACCCGAAGCUUAUCAGUGAAAUAAAUAAGGAUGAUUUUGUGAAUAUCAUAUGCCAAGUGAUAGGAGUAUAUAUUGCUAAAACUACAGAUGCUGUAAUCUUGAAAAUAUGGGAUGGAACAAAAACUAAUUUAUUUCCUGGGUCUCAUUUUGGGUUUCGAGAAGAAAAACUCGAUCAGAGACUUUUCAACAUUGCAAGAAAUUAUUAUGUUAUUUUGUCAGUUUAUGGUAAUUAUAUUGGAAUAGCUGCCGAGUUACAACCUGGCCAAUAUAUUGAAGUUCUUGAUGCUCAUUUAUACAGUCCUAAAGAUAAUCCAGACGAGUGCAAGCUUUGCUUACAUGCUGGGAAUAAAGGUAGACGAGGAAUUAGUGUCCUUGAUGAUGAAGAUGAGAAAUUAGUGAAUUUAAAAGAACGUCUGGGGAAAAUUAUAUCUGAUUCAGAAUUUUCAAAGCAAACAGACGAUUUACUUAGUGAAAACAAUAGUAUUUUCCUAAACUGUGCUUCUCAAAAUGAAAAUGCAAAUGAUCCAAGCACAUCAAACCAAAAUGAGGAGAAUUUAAAUGAAGAUAUUGAGUUAUUAAAUAAACCUUUGGUUUCAAAACAUGAAAAGAUGGAAUCUUCUCAAAGCAUAGAAAACUCCCGAUUUUCACUUUGUGAGAUAGGCAACUCUGGUUAUGACCCACCAAACAAACCAUUAGAGUGA